UCUCUCUCUUUUCAUCCGGAGCCGAUGCGUGCGUACGUGCGUUUUCCGAAGGAGCAGACUGCUAUAUAGCCAGGUGUGCUUAUAGGAUAGCGCGUGGGGCCGUAUAAUACAUGUACACGGGCGGAGAGACGGUCCAGUAGUCGACAGUGGUGUAUGCGACGCGUUUACUUUGUAGAUAGCCGCGAUCGCGCGAGCAUCGCGAAGAUAUACUUAAGCGAGUAGUGUAUUUAUAUAUGUAUGUAUAGAGAGAGAGAGAGAGACGCGGCGAGUUGUACAGUUUAAGUCGAGAGAGAAACACUGCACGAUGGGCGGAAAAGUGUUGAUUUUCGUGCUGCUGCAGGUGGCCUUAGAGUGCUGUCAUUCCGAGAACGUGGUAACACCGUACCACAGUGAGCCAUUCUGGCUGGACGACGCGGAGAACGAGGAAAAUGCCGAUCUCGUGGAUUGGAGUCGACACCCCUGUCGUCGCGCCUGCAAGGACGACGAGCCGCCUAUGGAAUGCCACUACAGCUUCCACAUCGAGCAGUACUACGCGAUGAGCAAAGCCUGCUACGACUGUCCCUACAAUCGCACCGAUUGCUUCAGACCUCAUUGCAUACCGGCCGAUGGUGUGCACAGACCACUUGUCGUUGUUAAUCGACAGAUGCCCGGACCCUCCGUCGAGGUCUGCGAGGGCGAUACCGUGGUGGUCGACGUAACGAACAUGAUGCACGCCGACAGCACAACGGUGCACUGGCACGGCCAGCACAUGCGUGCCAGCCCUUACAUGGACGGUACACCUAUGGUCAGCCAGUGUCCCAUCCUUCCGGGGGAUACCUUUCGCUACACUUUCGUCGCCGAGACUCCGGGAACGCACUUCUGGCACUCGCACGUGGGCUUCCAACGAGGCGACGGGAUGUUCGGCCCUAUGAUAGUUCGUCGUCAGCCCAAGCGCGAUCAGCUUCGGAACCUGUACGACUACGACGAGCACUACAUGGUCAUCUCCGACUGGGACCACGAGAUGGGUCUGGACAAAUUUCUGGCCCACUACCACGGCAGCGGCGACAACAAACCGCCGAAUCUCCUCAUCAACGGUCUCGGAAGAUUCACCGAUUUGCCGGAGCGCGACGGCGUAGCCGGUGUCAUGCCCACUGCUGUCUUCGACGUCAAACCGAAUGCUAAGCAUCGUUUUCGAAUUAUGAACGCUGAAUUCCUGAACUGCCCCAUCGAGGUCUCGGUUGAUAACCACACAAUCUGGGUCGUCAGCUCGGACGGUAGAGAUUUGGAACCGGUCGAAGCCAAGUCUCUGGUGACUUACGCCGGUGAGAGGUUCGACUUCAUCGUCGAAACGAAUCAGAAUGUCAGCAACUAUUGGAUCAGGUUCAGGGGUCUGCUCGACUGUGGUCCCGCCUUUACCAAAGCUUAUCAGGUAGCUAUUUUGCGGUACGAAGGUGCGCCGGACGAGGAUCCCGAGGAAGACGUUGCCUACGACCUACCGCCUAUGGAAGCAACGAACAUGCAAAUCAACGCUUUGAACAAAGGAACGGAGACGAAAGAGAUUCUGAGCAUUCCGAAUCUCGAAGCUCUGGAUAAAAACGACGCAGCCAACACAAGGGAGCCAGACCACCAAUUCUACAUUUCUUACGACUUUUACGCCAAAGACAACGCCGAUUUCCAUCGCAAGGAUCUUUACGGCUUCCACCAAGUGAGGCAGAAGGUGGGCACGCCGCAGUUGAAUCACAUAUCGAUGAAGAUGCCGUCGUUCCCCCUGAUGUCACAGACGGAGCUAAUUGACUCGAGCGCGUUUUGCAACGCGAGCACCGUCGAGGGUUGCGAAACCGACUAUUGCACUUGUCCUCAUGUGCUGCAGGUGAAGCUCAACAGCGUCGUGGAACUGGUUCUCGUCGACGAAGGUCUGCCUUACGACGCUAACCAUCCGUUUCACCUUCACGGACACGAUUUUCGCGUGGUCGCGAUGGAGCGACUAGCGAAGAACGUGACGCUCGAGGACGUGAGGAGAGCCGAUCGCGAAGGUCGGAUUCAGAGGAAGCUCGAUCGAGCCCCAAUUAAAGACACGGUCACGGUGCCCGACGGUGGUUACACCGUCAUCAGAUUCGUCGCUGAUAAUCCAGGCUACUGGCUCUUCCACUGCCACAUCGAGUUCCACUCGGAGGUAGGCAUGUCUCUGGUCUUCAAAAUCGGCGAACACGAGGACUUUGCCCCAGUGCCACAAGGUUUUCCCCGGUGCAACAAUUACAAGCCCAACCCGAUGUCCUAUCCUACAAAGUCGACGAGUAGCCGAAACAAGAACACCGUAGCCGACCCAAGUGAGAACGAGAUCAACCACGUCGACGAGAAGGUCCGGUCAUCGAUCGCAAAUUGGCUGCCGCUGAUACUGAGCGAGUUGCGCGCCGCCAGUUCAACGGGCUUUGCUCUCAUGGGAAGCCCCGCGAUGAUCGCUGCGAGUCUGCUACUCGUCAAUGGCCUUGUUUUCGCUUUUUGAGUGAAUUGUCGAGUGCUUUUUGGGAGUUUUUUUUUGUGGAGAUGUGAAGGAGGUAGACACGAGGGGGAGGAGUGUUGUUGAUAUAGCGUUUGAAGGUGGAUUUCGUUUUUGGGAUUUUCUUUAAUCGUGGAUCGGUGUAUCGAUCGAUUUAAAUCCAUGAUGCAAGAUCGAUUUGAACAGAUGCGGAACUUCGUGAGAAUUUAAAAUCAAGAUGUAUGUACUUAGCACUUUCACUCUAGUUAAUUAUUAGUAUUUAUGCUCAGUAUUGCGAUAUGAAAGUAGUUUUCGCGUCUACCUCUGAUUCACCGGUUUUGAGUAUUAAAAACGCGUGUGAUGCUAGAAUUGAUAGCAGCUUUUUGUAUUAUUUUAUAAGAAAAAAAUGAUGAGGAUUUUGUACUGAUAAUGUACAAAUAUUUGUUUAUGAUCUAACCAUAAACCUAGAAAGGCUGAACACAGCUAUUGUUAUGUAUAGUUUAGAUCAAGGUAUCGUAUAUUUAUUUCGAGCUUAAGUAUUUACAGUGAAAGAUCUUCGUUGAAAAAAGAUGAAUUGAAAUUUUCAGCAACUUUUAUGUUUUUGCUUGUUUUAAGAACGGAUGAAUCAAGUAAAUCGUUCACUCGAACAAAAACUUUUUUGAUAUUAUUUGACACCAUGUCAAAGCAAGUAUAACAAUUUAAAUUAUUGAAAAUCACGUUUUAAAAGUCAAUGUUAAAAUCGUGAUUUAUACUGUGAUAUAAGAAUAGGAAUCGCUUUUACACGUCAGCAAUGUCAGCUUUGCGAUCUGAACUUUCAUGAAUUAUGAAAAAAUUGUGCCGCGUUUGCUUACGAGUGUGUUGAUGAAAACAUUAUGGACGUCGUAAUUUUAAGUUAGAAUACUCAAGCAUAUCUUAGCAAUCAUUUUUUUUUUUUUGUUGAGGACUUAAUUAUUUGUUUGGGUAUAUGUGAAUAACCAAAAGUUGAUUAUGUGUGAUAACCUUUAAGCAAUCAGCGUGAUUAUAAGAUAACUUUUACAUCUUUUUUUAUUUUGACAGGCAUACAAAAAAAAUACAAAUAAAACUCUGAUCCAGAAGGCUUGAGUCCACAAGAAUUACAUAAGCAGAUGAACGAACUUUGAAUGCAGAUUUCUUAAUUUCCAUUUAUUCGUUAUAGCAACAAAAUACGAUUUUUUAUACUUUUGAUAAUUCUGUAAAUGAAUAUAGAAUUUAAAAAAUGUUUCAAACAUUGAAAUAUAUUUAUUAUUUUAUAAUAAAAUUAUUAACACUUUUAUAAAAAAUAAACAAGUCUUAAAUGUCAAUCCAAAAUUCUUUAAAAAGUUUAAGAAAUUUUAAAGAUUUAAUUUCUAAUAAAUAUUUUGAUACCAAUGCUAUAAUGACGUUGAAUGCUAAACUGAUUUCCCUCUACGAACGCGCAUGGUAUGCAGUAUGAAUGAUACACACCUCUACGAGUUUGCCUUUAACGUUUUUGUGAUCAACGACAUAAUUUUUAAGUACUUAGUUUAAGAUAUUCCGUAAUUUAUAAGCAGAAACUUGUAAAGUUGAUUAAUUGCGUAUAGUUUUAAGAUAAUUUGCAUCGCGUAAUUUAAGUGGUAAUGGGCGACAUCAUGAGUUCUAUUUUAAACAUCAUAUUCAUGUAAGUAUAAGAAUAAAGUAGUUUUAUAAUUUUUA